AUGGACGACGAAUUGGAAACCCUGGCUCAGGCUGGAGAGCCAGAGGAGACGUCAAAAAGAGCCAGGCUUGCGAAAAUGAUGAAAAACAUGGGGCGUAACCAGGAGCCCGCGGACGGCCAAUUAGACAAGUCUGCAGAGUCAGAAGACACAUCAAAGAGGGCUAAGAUUGCCAUGAAGAUGAUCAAAACCAUGGGCCUUAACCAGGAGAUGAUUAGGAGUAUCGUUACAUCAUGGCUUGUUCCUCAGUUCAAACCCGAGAUCAUUGCGGAAUACGACCAACGUCUUGCCAAAAUUCACGAUUUAGGGUUUUUGGGAGUAUCAAAUAGCUCUGUUGAGGCAUCGAGGCCAUUUAGAAUGUUCGACAUUACCGAUGGCAUGCUUGUUGACGAUAUCGACCCCUCUGCGCCGUAUUGUAUGGUGUCCCAUCGUUGGAAAGAUCCGGAAAUCAACCUUGAUAUGCUUCGAAGAGUUAAGAAGAAAGUGUCAAAGGAUUAUCCGACUUGGUACAAUACCGACCGAACUGACGUCGAAAUGAUUCUCAAGUAUUGUAAAGAGAAAAUUAUGAAGCAAAGGAAAAAGGUCAAUGGCUGCGCCGUGAAGAACAGGGUUGAUGAGAAGUUGGCCCAAAACGACUGCUACGUCUUGUCUCUUCUUCGGAUGUACCACCGCAGCAAACAGAUUCGUAAAGAGAUCAAAGAUGCUCACGCGCACCUGGAGACUAUGAUACAUGACAAAAAGGUUACAGAUAUGGAAACCAGAGUUUUCAAGGAUCUCAGCAAUAAAACAAAGUCUAGCAUUGACGACGAUGGAACCAGAGCUUCGCUGGCCAAUCCCGAAGAACAACAGCCUGCAGUUGACGAUGUUGACGAUGACACCGAUGCUAUUAAAGCAGCUUAUGAGAGGAUAUUCGACGCCGAGUGGGAACGCGACAAACAUUCAGAUGAUGCGAAAUUCGAUACUCUCAGCCGUGAUCUGCGUGACAUGGUGGAGAAGAUGGUUCGCUGCUUACGGUUGUGGAGAUCUGCCAUCAAGAUUGAACAAUCGAUCCUAAAGGCUGAGAAAAUAUUCAAGCGAGGCCUGGUGCCCGGGUAUAAACAACAGCAGAAAUUCUACGUGUGGCUUGAUACCUGCUGCAUCGACAAGAGCAAUCACAACGAGUACUCCGAAUCAAUGUCGCUGAUGGGAGAUUGGUAUGCCCAAUCUGCUUUUACCCUAGUACACUUGGACACUGGAUUUGAUAGGGUCCCCGACAGAUCUGAUGCUGAGAUCUACUGGGAUGAGUAUUUGCAGACAGAUGGUGACUAUCACAAACUUGAGACUAUUGCCAAUCGAAGAACAGAUCCAGUUCAAAAAUACGAAGAUAUUGCGAAGGAGCCAGAGAUUGAAUGGUCGACCCGGGGAUGGACAUUACAGGAGCUCGUGAUGAGUAGGAUGACUUAUUACGUGAAUGCUGAUUGGCAACUAUUACCGCGACCAGUUGAAAACCUGGGGCGAGCAUACCAUCUUAUUCCGCACAUGGGGGUAUACACCAACCUCCUCGACGUCAAGCCCACUUCAAAUGCGUGGAAACCAGAAAUUCUCAUGACGGCUCUGCUGAAUUGCGGGGCAGUUCAAUACACAGAGGCGAUCAAGGCUGUUUAUCCUAGAAUCGAGAACGAGUCUGAUGAAGAAGAGGUUGAAGAAGGUUUCUCUCUGAGCAAUGCCUUAUUGGCCUCGAUUGCUAUGCCUUGGAACAUAAUGGACACCGUCUUUCAUGUUGCGAAGCCGGAGCCAGCCAAAGAGGAGCAAGAUGAGAAGACUAAGAUUAAACUGUCUGGAGAUGCCUUGCUCCGCGAAAUUUCUGUCAUAUGGGAUCAGAACCUGGCCAGUCAAUUCCCUCAAAUCGAAGAGGGAGGGAAGAAGAAAGGAAAACAGAAGGCUUUUAAAAUAAAUGAGCAUCUUCGUCUUGAAGAAUAUACGACCACGGCAGAUAAGGUGUCGCAUGCGCUUUCCAUCAUCAAAGCUCUUGAGUUGGUGGGACUUUGCUUUCCCAAGGACAUAUCUCCUGAAACAGCUAAAACCGAGAUUGCUCAAGCUGUUUUCUUUGCUACCAUGGCAUUAGUCGAGUGCUAUGAGCAAACGAAAUAUCCGAUGGUUAUUCAAGAAGUGUCAUCGCAAGAGAACUUGGGCCAGAAACAAAGCGACAGUGAACAAAAGGCCAUUUUGAAGCAAAAACGAGAAAUCGAAAAGAGGGUGAAGCUUGAAAUAAGGAAAAGGCUUUUUCAAGAGCUUUUGGAUUCUUUCCCCGAAGCAAAAGAGCAGUAUUCCAUUGAGAUUCUUGAAAACCUUGAAGAAAAAGAAGAAGCAAUUGCCAAGACAUUUGCACACAUAUUGCAUGUCCUAGUUGACGAGGUCAACACUUUAAUCCUGGAUGACCGGCAAUACAUCGCCGAGUUUGGAAACAUCACUCUUCUAGAUUCGUGGGUAGAUGGAACGCGCAGACAUGGCUUUACCACUCAAGAAGUCAUGACGCUGGCAUGCAAGCGAAGGACCACAAAGUCAUUUGAUCGCGCAUAUUCGCUAAUGGGUAUUUUGGGCGUUCGUUUUCCGACAUUUCCUGCUGAAGGGUACGAGAAGGCACUUUGUCGGCUUUUUGACGAAACAGUUACUACUCAUAACGACGUAUCUGUUUUUAACUGGGCCGGCUACAAUAAAGGAAGCUCCAUCCGCGGGCGUUCAAUGUAUCCGUCGACCCAGGAGGCAUAUCAAGCCAAAGACAGCCGUCUUUAUAGCCGCAACUCUAUGGCCGAAACCGAGAAAGACAAGAUGCUUCAGACUACAAGCUAUUACCAUGCUAUCGUCUCUCUUUUACGCGACUUGAUUGAGUUUCUCAAAAAAAGUGUACCGCCGAAGCAGGUGGUUGAAUGGAUUGGCUACAUUUCCGCCAUCAUCUAUUCAUUUGAUCUAGAGAAGCUGAAGACUGCCUCAGCUUCGGCUGAGACAAUAGAGAAAUUGAGCGGGCGCAGCAAUAUCUCAAAUGGAACUAGCGCAUUGCCGUAUGAAAUUGAGGUCCUUAGCAAAUUCAUCGGAUUUAUUAUCAACGGACCAAGUCAAACGAGGCCCGGCCCACAAAGGCUAUUGUCGAGUAGGGUGAUCCGAAACCCGAGGUUUGAAGUUGAUAUCAAUCCAGAUGUUCAGAUUGUGGUGGAUCCACCUGCUCAGACGCCUGACACAAAUCACGAGCAAAAUGGUCGCGAUUCCAUUCCCAAUAACAAUAACGGUCAAGAUGCGUUUGAUACGGAAAAUACAUCUCCGCCGGAACUAGUCGAUGUUCCAACACCAACGGAAGAUGCAGAAAAUAGGACUCCUCCUGUGGGUAGAAAGAGCAGAUUUGUUGAGCAGCUUUCAGAAGCAGGUACGAUUCCGGUGCCACUUAUGACGGGCGAAAACGACACUUCACAAACUGAAAGCAACGUUCCUUUAAGUGAAAAUGAAGAGAUAUCGAGAUACCUUCGAAACUGGACCACAAACUCCCUCCAAUGGACCAUAAAAAACUCACACUCCUUUGAGGCCCCAUUGCCAGCCAAAAUACAGGGGAUACGGCAUAAGAUCGAGAAAGAGGAUAGAGAAAAUGGUAUUUACAAGACAGCUAGUUUUGGGUCUCCCAAUAUGGUCUCCCCGCAUCCCAUCAUUGUUACAAACGCAGGCAUUGAGAGCAUAUUUGACAUUCAACGUGUCAUCAUCACAAUGGCUGAUCUUCAAGGUCUACGGUCACAAGUCGAGCAUGCAACAAGCCCAGAUCAGAUUAUUUCUGGCUAUUGCUCGAUUAGCACCGGAUUCGCGCAAGUUAUUGUUCAGUUUUCCUGCAAGAGCGAACUAUUGAGAAAGCAGCUGGAAGUCAAUGACGGGAUUGACUUUCGCGUCAUGAAAGAGCAGAACAAAAAGGAAGAUAAAAAGCGAGAACAUAAGAUGACAAGUAAGGUCUUGUUUGAGAAGAAGAAGAAGGAUAAAAAGGGUAGGGAAGAAAAGAAGAAGAAGAAAGACAAACAAAAGGAUGCCGAACCUGACCAAAUAUUGUCGACGAACGUUAACGAAGCCAAUGACGAAGGCGAAGCAGUGAAUGAUGCCUUGGGAGAUCCUCAAACUCGCGACCUCGACGAAGAGAAGACCAUUAAUCGCAUGAUCAAGUUUAUCCAGGAAGAUGAUUUGCGUCUUGUUGCGGGUGAAUGGGUUCUUGCGAGAUGCUCGGGCGUGGCCAAUGCGGACUGGUUCCUCUGUCAUCUCGAACUAGGCUCUACACAUCCAUUCUACGGUUAUCGCAUACCGACGAGCGAGAUUGAUUUCAACAACUGCUUCCCCGAGGAUGGGUUAGUGGCUGAGUGGAACAGAUACAUGAACCGCAAGAAAGAGGAAAUGUGCAAAAUACUGGCGACGUUCCUUAAGUCCAAGGAGCAUAAGCUCAAGAGAAGGAGGCUAGUGGGUCGCAUUAUACGUGAUCUUGCGCCACUCGACGAGAAAGCUGAAGAGGAACCUCAAGGAACCCCAAGAGGUAGUUUCGAGAGGAAUGAAACUAAUGGCUACGAGAUGAAUGGGGCUAAUGGCUUGGAGAGAAGUGAGAGCCACGAGGAACAAGGCAACCCCAUUCAACAUGAGUACGACUAUCUGGACGACUUUGCUGAAAAUAGGAACGACGAUAUCAGAAACGAUGCCGGCAGGGAACAGCAGCCAUUCUCGGAGAUAUACUCUCAAGACUCUGCAUCAAGUGUGCAACAUGACGACGUAUGGUCAGCUCUACCAGACCCCAACUCCCAGUACUCAACCACAAGCGUCCAAGAACCAGAUAGAUGGGGUAACCGGGAACUUCGCCCCGAAGACUCCGUAUCCAAUUACGGAGAUCGAGACACGAGACCAAGCCAAGAGGUACCGACCCCAUCUUUCGACGACAUAACAGUAGUAGGGAAGAAUGAACCAGUGGUGGAAGAAGAAGCAGAAGCGGAUGAGAAAUCCAAGAUUUGGGACUAUUUGCCUCUGAUUGAAAAGGUGGCUGAAAAGACGGCGAAGCAUUAUGACAAGCAUUUGAGCGCUACUGUGUUGAAGGAUACACCUACGGUUCUGAGGCAGGCGAUUGAGAAUUUGAAUGACAAUAGGGAUUUUUUGCCGGCGAUGUUUCACUCGGCGAAGAAGAUUCACAUGUUUUAA